AUGUCGUCCUUCAGUAUCGAAGCUUUUAACACCGCCGUUGCGGGCGGAACGGCAUUUGACUUGUCUACCGUUGACAACGUUCAAGUCGCUGGUGAAUCCCUGAAAAAAGCAGUCGCCGACAAGAAGGCCCAAACCAACGCUGUCGCAUUCUUAACUGCCGUCACUCCAAAAGACGCCGAUAAGUCCUGCUCUUGCUUCGCUCUCUUGGUAUUGCAAUGCCUCCAGGAGUUGCUGGUCUUGACCGCGGAUGCGAAGUUGGCAAAACAGUGCGUAGUCAUCAUCAAGGCAGCAAUCCAAAAGGGAGAUUUUACUCUGAGUGCAGCAUUUUUUCCGGAAAUUUUGCACGCUAUCGAAAAGCCGCCGCAAAACAAAUGGAAGGUCAAGGUCGCAGCUUUGGAAAUCAUGGAGAGUGGUAAUUUGAUGUUAUUUGAUUUUAGUCGUAUUCCCACCACCUCCCUUUGUUGUAAUUUGAUGUUAUUUUUGCAGACCAACGUCGUCGACUUCUUCCACCCUCAACAAUAUAAAGUGAUCAGCUAGAAGUACUACAGGUCUCCUGACCGCUCUCGCUGAGCACUGCCCGAAGCAGCUCCUUCACGAGAUGGCCGCUUUGGUCGGAACCUUAGUCGCUUGCUCCAAGGAAGUUCGCGCGGAGAUCAAAAACACUUCCGCCAAGCUGCUCGAACAAGUUGGCCAGCUCGUGAAGUGUACGGAGAUCAAGAACGUCUCCGACAAAAUCGUCAACUGUCUGAAGAACUUCGGAAACAUGAAGCUGGCAACCGAGACUCUGUACCUGAUUGCGAACACUACGUUCUUGAGCUACGUCGACGCAGCAUCGUUUGCCUUGCUCUUUCCGAUCGUGGAACGUGCGAUGAAGGAGAAGACGUUCGACGCCAAGAAGAAUGGUGUUAUGAUUGUUGGAGCAGCAGUGGUGUUGAUCGAAAACCCGGAAAUCUUGGAGUCCUACUUGGGAUCGCUCUUGCCGAUUUUGAAGGUAAAAAGAUUUAACUACUAACUGACUCAACUUCUUGUUGUUCUUCAUGUUCAUGAGCAUAGAAGUUGUAUUACUUUGGCAUUGACUGAAAUUCCUCCAACUACAUCCAACUACAUGUACUAGUAGUACAUGAUCACACGACACACACACACACCAACCACAGGAGCUCGCCUUGGACCCUACUUUCGAGAUCCAGCGAGAAGCCGCCAAGUCUCUCGGUUCGCUCGGAAAGAAUUUGCCGACUUUGCUCGAAACCGACUUGCUCCCAUGGGCUUUGGAUAAUUUGCAGUCUAAGCGUGGUGACAGCCACAACAGCGAGAAUGAGCGAACGGGUGCCGCACACUCUAUGUCCGAAAUGUUGAGCACGAGCUUGGACAAGACUCUUUUACCACGUGUCUUGGAAGAGGUCGCCCAACCGCGGGCUCUCAGUGGUGCCUAUCCUGAGCAGCGAGCGGGAGCAUUUUCUUUGUUGGAGUUUUUGUGCAAGGUACUAUUUUAGACCAAGAAUAAUUAUUUUAGACCAAGAAUAAUUUGCAUUUGUUUAAGUGGAAACUCCAAUUCGAUAAAAACAAGAGAACUACUUCCUUGGAGGUUUUGCAAUCCGCCUGUCUGGAAUAAGAAACAAAUCUCCUGAAAAAUCAACAAUGGUGCGCAAGAACGACGAUGAACAAACAAUAUGAUCCUAUUCUCAAAUAACCUAAGGUCGACGCCUUCGAGCCUUACGCGAAGCAGUUUGGCCUGAAGUGGGCUCUCCAGGGCUUGCAGGAUGACAGCCAGUUGGUCCACGACCACGCUAUGGCUGCGGGUACCGCCAUCAUCCGCGAAUUCGGUGGUGCCAAUGCCGACAGCUUUGUUUAAGGGUAGGUUAAAGGUGCUUUUCUUACCGCUUUUUAUGCCUCUCCUAAGGGAGAAAGGCAUAACAAGCGGGGUAAGCGAGCACCAAAAACCUACCUCUAAUUUGUCCUCCCCAUUGCGGAUUCCGUUUUGUCGUUUGCACACGUUGCGCGAUUGAACUCCCUGAGUCCCAAGGCCAUGAGUAUCGCUUUGUUCCGUGCUUUGGUGGAGAAAGUGUCCGAAUACCGCAAAUAUGGCACGGACAUGCUGACCAUGGACUGCUGCUCGCUGCGAACGCGCUUGGCGUUCAUCUGCCUGUUGCAGAUUUGCCGCAUUGACGACGACCCAGAGGUCCGACGUCAAUCCAACAAAGUGCUGACCGAACAGCUUCAGUCCGUGCCGAAGACCAAGCGUGAGACUUUGCCGUACUUGCUCGCGACGUUGAAGACGAUUUUGACCGCGGAAGAGGGUAAGAUGUGUGAGAGGAAGACGAAGGCUGCCGAAAGGUGUAUCAACGAUAUCAGGGAGAACGCGAAGGAGUUCGACUUCACAGCGGACAAGUACGACAAUUUAGCUGGCGAGGAGCUCGAGAAGUCCAAUGUGCUGAAAUGCCUCGACUGGUCCGUCCCGGAAGAGCUCAAGGGCAUGCUCGCCAGAGUGGGUGAAGACAGCAACGGUAAGGUCGUUUUGAAAGUCGUUGGCGCUCAUCAUCACCACAGCGAAAACAGUCCUAAGAAAGGCGACGAUGACGAAGAGGAGGAGACCGAAUGGAAGGAACUAGCUGAGCUUACCGCAAAAGCCAUGCCCUCUCUCUCCGCUCUGCAAAAGGCCAUCCUCGCCUGCACGGUCCAGGAGAGUUUGACCGCCGCGCAGACCGUGUCCAAGCUCGAAUCCACCGGCAUCUUCGGUCUUUUGGCCAAUUUUGGUGCGGAGUCUGCUUCGGCACUCGAUUCGACCUUGAAGGAGAAGGUGUUCAAGCACUACCAUCCGAAGGAGCUGAAAACUCUGGAGAAUCCGGAGGAAGUUUUGUGCCACGUGGAGAACUUGAUGUUGAUGUACGGUGGUGGCCACAUGUUGUUGAAGGAUACCACUUUCGAAUUGCGCAAGGGCAAGCGCUACGGUGUGGUCGGGCGUAACGGUACCGGAAAGACGACUCUGAUGAACUUGAUCGCUACCGGCGGCGUCCCGCAGAUCCCCAAGACCAUGACCUGCAUCCACGUGAAGCCGGAAGUCCUCGAUAACCAGCUUUCCACCAAGUGCAAGCUCUUCAUGCGCCAGGAGAACCCGGAGAGAAGCGAAGAAGAGUUGGAUGCGACUCUGGAUAAGGUUAUGUUCCCACGAGACCUGUGGGCGGUCACGAUUGGCGAGUUAUCUGGUGGAUGGAGAAUGCGUCUGUUGAUCGCUGGUGCCAUGAUGAAGAAAGCCGAUGUCCUGUUGUUGGACGAACCGACGAAUCACUUGGACUUUAAAGCGGUUAACUGGUUGUGCGAUUACUUGGUUUCGCUAGAGCAGUCCGCGAUUAUGGUGAUUUCCCACGACCCGUUCUUUUUGAACCGAGUCUGCACUAACGUCAUCAAUUACAACUCGGGCAAACUGGUGUAUUACGAGGGCAACUUCGACGCAUUCACUGCCAAGUUGGGCAUCAACGCGGCAGAUGCGGAAGCAUUGUUGGCGGGUCAGGUUGCAGUCAGUGAAGAGGGUGUGGAGCGCGGCAGCGGACCGGGAAUCAAGGACGAAGCAGCGACGCCAGCGACUUUGACUCCAGCGGUGUCCGCCAACAGCAUCGCUGAACUAGCUGGUGACGAGGACACCAGUCCUGCUAACAGUCUGCAGAGGGGGAAUAGCACUCGAGCUUUUUCUUCUUUGCCUUCCGACACCAAUGGCAGUCAGCCGAACCUCGCUGGUUUGGAUGACGACUUGGACGGCGAGGAAGGCGCAGGCGGCGCUGCUCAGCCGGACAGAAAAGCCAGAAUCGUCUUCCCUAUUGCCGGAAAGGUGAAAGGCCUCACGUCAAUGGCGAAGCCAGUCCUGGAGAUCAAGGACCUGACGUACGCUUACAACCAGGAAAAGGGUGACGUGAUCAAGGGAGUCUCAGCGAAGAUUACGAUGAACAGUCGCAUCCACAUCAAGGGUGUCAACGGAGCAGGGAAGACGACGUUCAUGAACCUCGUCUGUGGUGAAGUCCAUCCAAACGCAUCAGCAUGCACACAAAAGGGAACCGUUAACAGGUAGAAUAUACUUUUCUCUUUUAUAUCUUCCUCUGGUCUGUCUUUUUUCUAGUUAGGUCGGCUCCACCACAAGGAUUAACAAGAAGUAGAGCCUAAUCUAGUACUAUUUCAUGCUUUUACUUGUUGAUGUACUUGACGUUGACCUUGAGUAAUGAUCCUCAGAUGAUUAUUCUUUAUAAAUUUAAUUUAAGAAGUUACUUGUUCUUAGUUUAUCAGAAUGAUCGUCAUGAUCAGGAUCUUUUUGCCAUACCUCAAGACCAGGUAAAUGAAUGAAUGAAAUCCUUUGAAAAACACCAGACACCGCAACUGCCGAUUGGCCUACAUGGCGCAGCAACAUAUGCACCAUAUGAGCGAGUUUAUGGGAGCGACUCCAUACAUAUACAUUCAGAAGCGAUACCAGAACGGGUACGAUGGCGCUGUGCAAGAGCGGUUAUUGAACCCCAAGUCGCCUGAAGAAGCUGAAGAUCGCGAGAGAAGAGCAAAGGCACACGGAAAAUAUGGUAAUGUUUUUUGAGAAGAAAUAAAUCGACUUUAUUACAACACUUUGCUUUUAUUCGUUUUCGUAUUGCAAGUUGUAUUCGUAUUUCGUAGAUGAUUGUCAGCUACAGCACGUGGAAUAACAACAUGAUCUUCACCCAAUCACAAAAGUAAAAAUUAUCAUCAAAAUCUUCACUUUCACUUUCUUCAGGCAACAAGCUGAAAGAGCUCUGCAGUCGUCAGAUCAAGGGUAAGGAAGUCGUUUACGAGGCCAGAUGGGAAAACCUUCCUGACUCUCGGCAAAACACUUGGCUCACUAUGGAAGACCUCAAAAAACUCGGUUGCGAAUCUUACGCGCUCGCUUACGACGACAAAGCUUCUGCCAUCGAGGCUGGCCUCGAUCAGCGACCUUUGACGCAGAGGGAAAUCGUCAAGCAUUUGGAACUCUUCGGAAUCACUGAGGAAUUGGCGUUGAACAGAAAUAUCGGUAUGUUCUCCGCAGGUCAGAAGUCGAAAGUCAGUCUUGCGGCAGCCUUCUGGAUCAAACCGCACUUAGUGGCGUUGGACGAACCGACAAACUACAUUGAUAUGGAGACACUGGACGCUUUGACGACUGGUACAUCAUACUUCCGUGUUUGUUUGAUCUUGAUGUAGUUGUAUGUGAAGUAUUCAUUUGUUUCUUAGAAAGAACUGUAGUGUUAGUGUUAGUGAAUGGUAAUCAUGUUGAGACUGUUGCAGUACUCGUCAGUCACGAUUUAAUGGAUAACUUCAACAAGAAUAACGACCUUCGUCUCAUCACGCAUUGAACUUGACUAAUCAACCACACCACCUCCAAACAAACCGAACAAAACAACAACAGCUCUCCAGCGAUUCAAGGGUGGCGUUAUCUGCAUUAGUCACUGCGCUGACUUCGCGUCAAAGGUGUGCAAUGAAACCUGGAUGCUGGAAGGCGGUGGCCUGACGGUGAUCAAGGAAGACGGCAAAAAGAAAGACAAGGAGGCUGCUCCGAAAAAGUAAAUCUUGACUCAUCUAGUUGUAACUGUACUGUAACAAGAGUAUCAGUUUUAUUUUGAGGAUUCUAAUGAAAAUCAAUGGUAUGAAGUAUGACUAUGAGUAUCUAAAAACAUGAUGAAAUUGAAUGAAGAUGUUGGAAGAAAGUGUGACAAGGUACUAAUUAUCAAUUGUUGACUUUUUGACAUAAUACAACAAUUCGUGGGAUCUGCUUCAUCUAGCUAGUUGUGAUAGACAUAAAGUAGCGUGUGAACUUCUUGAAGAUCUAUUUGUCAAAUCGUUUCUGAUUCUGAUGAAUAGGUAAAUCUGAAUCUGCAAGCUCACUGACUUGUGAUCAUCAUGUCUCGCAUCGUUACGGUUCGUUCUCUAAAGAGGAAUCGAGUGUGAAGUUGAUGUGAAAUAUGAAAAAUAGUGCUAGUGCUAGUUCUCUACGACCCUAAUCAUCUUGCCGAAUUGACGUUGUAAGCAGGAGAAUUUCUUUUCCCCCUCUUGCUCUACGCAGAAGUUUUCUUGAGUGUAGACCUAUGGGGAAUCGAUAUCUUCUGUACAAACACGAAGUCUUCUGGCAAGUUGGAUGGACAUAUGCUAGAGUAUCGCAACCAUGUGGUCGUUCAACUAACCCCCGCCCCCUUGUUCCCGCGACUACAUGCCGACAGAAGCAAGUGAAGUACGAGUCGAACAUGAAGGAGCUCGCUUCAAGGGAGGUUACUAAGGUCGACGAUAGUGAUUAUAUGCAAGCUAAGGUCAACGUCAACGUCAACAACGAGCAAGCUACGGUAUAAAUCAAGGUUCAAGGUCAGCAACAAGCUAUGGUAAAUCAAGGUCAACGACAAGCUAAAAGCUAAGAAGUUCCCGAGCUGGGAAAAGCGGAAGUUUUCAUUUAUGAUCUUCAACCAUGUGCCCUGCUUGCACCCCCCUCGCAUAUGUUACCUACCUACAUCGCCGAGUAAAAGUAGCUGUACUAGAACCAUGCAAGAACUGAUGUACGAAGAAUUUAUCAGGCUUCUAUGUAUAUGAGUCUUCAUAAGAUCUCUGCCUGUAAACCUAGUAUAACAUCAAAAGAGCUUUGGUUUGUUCUCAUCUAUCAGUGGUUGCGCAUGAUCGUUGUUUCUACAUGUAUCGUUCAUUUGCAUCAUAGGAGUUGUUCUAUUUCCUCUUCUUGUUCGACGUUCAUGAAUCCUCAAGCAAUACAGUUUCUAGGUCCAUAUUGAAAAUGGCAACUAUCGCUCUACUCCUCCCACAGGAACUAUACCGCUUUUUUGCAUCCGAAAUAAUGGGUUUCUAAUGAUAGACGCUUGUCUGCUUACUUCUUAUAGAAGACUUCCUUCUUACAGAGAUGCAUGAAGAAGUAUGAGUAUGAUCUAUCAACAUAAUGCCUAGAUGGUAGGAUGUAGUUUUUAUUAUGUUCAUGUUGGUCUUCGUUUCGUCAUAAUCACGACGUGAGGCUGGACGGUAACGCUGCACAACAACAUACUAAAAAAUGUCUAUCAUGCAAUAAGUACUGGUACUAUGACAAGCCUCAUGAUAGGUGCACCAUGGUCGUUGCCAUCCUCUUUUCUUAUGACUUCAUCAUGAACGAAUGACUUCGGUAGAUGAAUGAACGCUGGCAACAUGCUCUGACUUAGAGUCUUCAAACUUCUAAGUUAUUAGUAAAGAAAAGCAGUUAUGUCAACACAGUAGUUGAGCAGUACCAUUUUCUAUUUCUCGGUCUAUAAACUACUUGAUGAUAUACAGGCUGUUGUAUAGAAAAAAGUUAGAUCAAGAAAGUCAAAGAACUUGCUACAUCUCGCAUGUUGUUGUUCUUUUUCUUGUUGAGAUGAAUAAACAGCCACUUUGUUGGAUGAACAAAAACAUCAAGGUCAGCAAGACGUUCUAGUAGGUCUUAACUUGUUAUAUACUUAUACAGAGCUUCUAUGUACUAGUGAUGUUUUUGGAAUGUUAUAUUAGAUCGGGGUGGAAAAUAAUGGUCUUCAAAAAUGUUCUUGGACACGACACUAUGACAACUAAGCACUCACGCAGUGACUGACAGUUGUACAAACAGAACUCAUCUAGUACUCAUGAUGAAUCGAACAACUACACUCAGUUGAAAUGGAAUAAACCUUGUCGUCCGAAAUGCCCUUCUUGCAUCCUUCUGGGCUCUUUUCUUUGUGUGUCUUUCAGGACGAGAAUGAGUCAUAGAAAAAACUGCUCUCAAAUGCCCUACCUGCAACAACAUCCAACACACACUUCUUAAGUAGUGAAAAGGACUUCUUCUGCGAAGAUGAAGUUUAGUUUCCGCGUCG